CUGUCACGGUGACACACCUCGCCCCCACCCUCACGCACCCCUCUCCUUGCCUUUUUUCAAAAUGCAGUGUUGUGCACAGUGAAAGACCAAACAUUCACAGAAGGGAAAAGGAAAAGGAAAAGGAAAAGAGAACUAAAGCAAAAGCUGUUCCUUCUCUAUUUUCUUAGAUUUGCUUUUGACCCCUCCCUUUCCUUUCUCUUUCUCUUUUCCUCACUAUUAGAGGAGUUUUCACUUCCUCUUCUUUGCUCUACACACAUCUUCACAAGUUCUUUUUUUUUUUGGGUCAUAUUUUAUUGGGUGGUAGAUCGAUCUUGGCUUUGUCCUAUUCUUAUAAUGCAAUCAUUUGAAGUUGUUAACUGCUUCUUAAUAGAUCAAUAUCUGAUUAGGUAUUUUGCUUUGUGCUGAGGAGUUUGUUGUGCAACAUUAAAGGCAAGAACUUGGAUUAUAGAUUUAUAGUAAAUCGACAAGGUCUUUGGAUUUUUUUUUAAUUUUUUUAUUUCUUGGACCCAAUUAUUUAUUUUAGAAUUGGAAAUGAUGUUGAUACUGGUAAGUAUGGUGUGAUUGAUGAGCGAGAAGCCACUAUUUGUUGUUGUUGAGUGUAUAGCUAGAUUGUUAAGGGUCCCCUCCAUUAGGUUUGGCAACUGGGACCUUUUGUUUCACUUUAUUGGAGAAAAAAAGUUAGCUUUUUGAUUCAAUUAUUAGAAUCUUGAUUGUGUUGCUAGAGCUUUACUUUGAAGAAACUUGUUAAGAAGAAUGGCACAGAGAGUUAAAGACACGCCAUCACUUCAGUCCAUCAAAUCACUGCCAGUGGGAUAUGCAUUUGAUUCGAACAAAUCUCAGACUCUGAAUGCACCCAAUCAUAGAAUGACAUCCAAUACUGUAUCCAAGAACGGAGAAUUGUCCGAUGAGCCUAAUGGGAAUGCUGAUGGAUAUAAUGAGGAAUCCCCUUAUAGUAGAUUGAACUUUUCUGUAGAGGAAAGCCCGUCUAGUGGUGAUGAUGAUCUGAGCGCCAAUGCAUUUACCUCGUCUCGUGUAGAAUCAAAAUGGAGUGACACCACGUCUUAUGUGAUAAAAAAGAAGCUUCAUUCAUGGUUUCAACUAGCUGAUGGGAGCUGGGAGCUGGCAACAUUCAUUUCUAAAUCUGGAAAUGAAGUUCUCAUAUCAUUGUUUGAAGGAAAAGUCUUAAAAGUUAAAGCUGAUGAUUUAAUAGCUGCAAAUCCUGAUAUUCUUGAUGGUGUGGAUGAUCUUAUGCAAUUGAGUUAUCUAAAUGAGCCAUCAGUGCUGUACAAUCUUCAGUACAGAUACAAUAGAGAUAUGAUUUAUACUAAAGCUGGUCCAGUUCUUGUUGCUGUGAAUCCUUUUAAGAAAGUCCCGUUGUACAGCAAUGAGUACAUUGAAGCUUAUAAACGGAAAUCCAUUGAGAGCCCACAUGUAUAUGCCAUCACAGAUAUGGCAAUAAGAGAAAUGGUUCGAGAUGAAGUGAAUCAGUCUAUCAUUAUAAGUGGGGAAAGCGGAGCUGGCAAAACUGAAACAGCAAAGAUUGCAAUGCAAUACUUGGCAGCCCUUGGAGGUGGUAGUGGAAUAGAGGAUGAGAUUGUGAAAACAAAUCCCAUUUUAGAAGCCUUUGGUAAUGCUAAAACUUUACGAAAUGACAACUCAAGUCGAUUUGGGAAGCUUAUUGAGAUUCACUUUAGUGAGACUGGGAAAAUAUCAGGGGCUAAUAUUCAAACAUUUCUACUUGAAAAGUCCAGAGUGGUUCAAUGUAGCGAGGGUGAAAGGUCGUAUCAUAUAUUUUAUCAGCUCUGUGCAGGAGCUCCAGGGGCUCUCAAAGAGAAAUUAAAUUUGAAGGAUGUGAGUGAGUAUAACUACCUGAGACAAAGCAAUUGCCAAUCAAUUUCUGGGGUUGAUGAUGCUGAACAAUUCCGUAUUGUAAUGGAAGCACUCGACGUUGUCCAUAUCAGCAAGGAGGAUCAAGAGAGUGUUUUUUCGAUGCUAGCUGCAGUUUUAUGGCUCGGAAAUAUCUCUUUUACAGAUGUCGAUAAUGAAAACCAUGCUGAGCCAGUUGUGGAUGAAGGCCUAACAAGUGUUUCAACUUUAAUCGGGUGUGGUGUGGAAGAGCUAAAACUAGCUUUAUCAACUCGAAAAAUGAGAGUAAGAAAUGAUGAUAUUGUCCAAAAGCUAACACUAUCUCAGGCUACUGACACAAGAGAUGCAUUGGCAAAAUCAAUUUAUUCUUGUCUGUUUGACUGGCUCGUUGAACAAAUAAACAAGUCGCUUGCAGUCGGCAAACGUCGAACUGGAAGAUCUAUCAGCAUUCUUGAUAUUUAUGGUUUUGAAUCAUUUGAGAGGAACAGCUUUGAGCAGUUCUGCAUUAAUUAUGCCAAUGAAAGGUUGCAACAACACUUUAACCGUCACUUGUUCAAGUUGGAACAGGAGGAGUAUAUUCAAGAUGGCAUUGAUUGGACUAAAGUUGAUUUUGACGACAACCAAGAUUGUCUAAAUCUGUUUGAGAAGAAACCACUGGGGUUGUUAUCUCUGUUAGAUGAGGAGUCCACCUUUCCUAAUGGCACAGACAUGUCAUUUGCCAACAAACUCAAGCAGCAUCUAAAUUCUAAUCUUUGUUUCAGAGGAGAACGAGGGAAGGCUUUUACAGUAAGCCAUUAUGCAGGGGAGGUAAUUUAUGAUACAACUGGAUUUCUUGAGAAGAAUCGUGAUUUACUGCACUCCAAUUCAAUUCAGCUUCUAUCUUCUUGCAAGUACCACCUUCCUCAAACAUUUGCAUCAAAUAUGCUUUCUCAAUCUGAGAAGCCUGUUGUUGGCCCAUUGUACAAAUCUGGUGGAGCAGACUCCCAGAAAUUAAGUGUUUCCACAAAAUUCAAGGGACAAUUAUUCCAACUAAUGCAACGACUAGAGAACACGACUCCACAUUUCAUACGUUGUAUCAAGCCCAACAAUUUUCAGUCUCCUGGAAAGUAUGAGCAAGGACUUGUAUUGCAGCAGCUACGAUGUUGUGGUGUCUUAGAAGUAGUUCGUAUAUCAAGAUCUGGGUUUCCUACCAGAAUGUCCCAUCAGAAGUUUGCCAGAAGGUAUGGAUUCCUUUUAUUAGACCAUGUUGCAUCACAAGAUCCACUCAGUGUCUCAGUUGCAAUAUUGCAUCAGUUCAAUAUUCUGCCCGAUAUGUACCAAGUUGGUUUCACAAAGUUGUUCUUCCGAACUGGACAGAUUGGAGUUCUUGAAGAUACCAGAAAUCGCACUCUCCAUGGCAUCUUACGUGUUCAAAGUUGUUUUAGAGGUCACCAAGCUCGCCGACAUCUCAAACAUUUUCUAAGAGGAAUUGCUACACUUCAGUCAUUUGUACGUGGAGAGAGAGCUAGAAAUGAAUAUGCAAUCUUACUACAGAGACACAGAGCAGCUGUGUGUAUACAAAAGCAAAUAAGAGGCAGGACCAAAAGGAAGACUUACGAAAAUGUUCAUGAUGCAUCAAUUGUGAUACAAUCUGUGAUUCGUGGCUGGUUAGUCAGAAGAUGUUCAGGAGACAUUGGACUGUUACAAUUUGGAGGCAGAAAGGUUAAUGAGUCAGAAGAUGUGCUGGUGAAAUCUUCUUUCCUGGCGGAGUUACAACGUCGAGUCCUUCGAGCUGAAGCUGCUCUACGUGAAAAAGAGGAGGAGAAUGACAUACUUCACCAGAGACUACAGCAGUAUGAGAAUCGUUGGUCAGAGUAUGAGUUGAAAAUGAAAUCCAUGGAAGAAAUAUGGCAGAAACAAAUGAGAUCACUGCAGUCAAGUCUUUCCAUUGCAAAAAGGAGCUUAGCCCUUGAUGAUUCCAGGAGGAACUCUGAUGCAUCAGUCAAUCCAACUGAUGAGAAAGAGUCUAGUUGGGAGACAGGAAGCAACCAGAGGGCCCGAGAGAGCAACGGAGUAAGACCAAUGAACGCCGGUCUUAGUGUCAUAAGCCGAUUAGCCGAGGAGUUUGAGCAGAGGAGUCAAGUAUUUGGUGACGAUGCUAAGUUCUUGGUGGAAGUAAAAUCAGGUCAAGUUGAGGCUAACCUGAGUCCAGAUCGUGAGCUAAGGAGGUUGAAGCAGAUGUUUGAAGCUUGGAAGAAAGAUUAUGGAUCAAGAUUGAGAGAAACAAAGGUGAUUCUGAAUAAACUGGGGAGUGAUGAAGGAGGCAGCGACAAAAUGAAAAAGAAAUGGUGGGGAAGGAGGAAUAGCACAAGGUUGAACUAAAAUAAAUUGCCUUAAUGAGUCAUAGUUUUUGCUUUACAUACCAGGCAGGGUGUUGUGCAGUGAGCAAGUCUGUAUAGAAGUGAAAGGGAUGUUUGUAUAAUGUGAGAUUCGUAGUAGUAUGUAAUUUUAAAUGCACAACAUUUCUGUAAAGUUAAUCAUUUUCUAUGAUAUUCAUAUCAUAUUUGUGUUCAACAA